CCCACCGUUCUUUCGUCUCAUUCCUCUCCAAAUGCUCCGCCUCUCACCAUGUCGUUCACUGCCAAGCAUGGAAUCGUUUCCUUAUUCUUUCUCCUCUUUUUCCUCCUUUCUCCGCCUCCCUCCAGCGCACAACCCACCAACCAAACCGACGAGCGAUACCCUUACGCGCGUUUUACCCCAUCCUUGGCCAUAAUCGUUUCCGCUUUGGUUGCUGUUUUGUUCUUUAUGGGUUUUUUCUCGAUUUACAUACGGAACUGCUCCGAUACCAACGCCAGCGGAGGCAGCGUCCGCCCUGUCACUGGCGGUGCCGGCCGUUCCCGGCAUGGGACGCGUGGACUUGAUGCUUCGGUGAUCGAGACUUUUCCCACCAUGGUUUACUCCGAAGUUAAGGUUCAUAAGAUCGGCAAAGGAGCGCUGGAGUGCGCGGUUUGUUUGAAUGAAUUCGAUGACGAUGAAACGCUGCGUUUAAUACCCAAAUGUGACCACGUUUUUCACCCUGAAUGUAUCGACGCUUGGUUGGCUUCUCACACUACUUGCCCGGUUUGUAGAGCUAAUCUCGCUCCUCAACCAGGUGACCCUGCGAGUCAACCUACCGAGUCGAAUAACACCACCAACGAGUUAGACCUCGAGGCUCAGAACGACGGCGGUGACUCGGAAACGGAAGAAGAAAGAAGAGGAAAUAAUACUCAAAAUGUUAACCGUGACGUCGAGGCUCAAGUUGCUCCCGAGGUUGAAGUAAUUGUUAUGAACCGAACUUUAAAUACGAACCGUACACGUGGAUCAAGAUCCAGCCGUACACGUAAACUCUUUUUCUUACGGUCUCACUCGACCGGACACUCUUUGGUCCAGCCUGGUGAGAACACUGACCGGUUCACUUUGCGAUUACCGGUGGAGGUUCGGAAGCAGUUAAUAAACCGGAAGCUGAACAGGGCAACGAGCUUGGUGAUAUUACCUAGGGAAAGGAGUUCACGGCGAGGAUAUCGAGCCGGAGAAGAUGGCGGAAGUAGUAGAGGAACAUCUAUUAGGAGGUUGGAAAAGUUGGACCGGGAAGUUAAGUCGGACCGGUGGGUGUUUAGUAUGACACCACCGUUUUUCAGUAGAGCAUCCUCCAUGAAGUCACCAAAGGUGGCAACAAAGGAUGGCGAAGGGACCUCAAGUUUGCCGGUUGGACCGGCGGGUGACUCAAGCCGCCCCCCUGUUUAAUGGCAAUUUUUUUCUUUCAACAAUUUUAAGAAUUUAUUGAUACUCUAAUUAAUUUUUGGCAUUAAAGCCACGAGCA